GUCCCCAGCGUUCGCUGCAGGAACUCGGUUGAACGAGGCACCGUGUCCGCUGGGUCGUGAUGCUCAGGAAGCAACCGACUCUUAAGGGGGAGACAGGAGGAGCCUAGGAAGUCUUACUUGGUUUAGGCCUUAAAGGAGCUAAAUCGCUAGCUGGGAAAAGUAACUGGAAGGGCGAGCGUAACCUGUGCAAAAGUGCUUUCGGGGGUCUUCUGGCCUGGGCAAUGGUGAAAAUCUGAAUAUCAAAGAAACUUCCAUGGAAAAGAGUAGAGGAAAGAUAAAGCUAUAAAGAUGCUUAGGGCCAAAUCAUGAGUGACUUUUUAUUUGCUAAGGAGGUUAGGCUGUCCCGUAGGUAGAGAGAGGAGAAAAAGAAACGUUUUAAAAGAUGUCAGUUUUGAUGGCACUCAGGAGGAUAGUUUGAAAUAUAAAAGGCCGGUUUCGGGAGAACUUUUGGAAGACAUGGCAGUGGUCCAGGUGAACCGAAUAAAGUCCUGCAGUUCUGAUGGGGAGUCUAAAGUUUGGAGAUUACAUUAAGGUCUCUAAUUUGGGAGACUUAAAUCCAUUUAGUAAUGGGCAUUAACAAUACAAGACACAUAAAUUUAACCGAGGAGAAAAACAUAGAAACUGAUAAGUACAAUUCAAUAUAAUAUAAGUGCUGUUAGUAAAAAUAUGAAAAAUGUGCCAUGAGAUCAGAGAGAAAUGCAUUUUAAUUUUUCUGGAUUUUGAGAUUUAGUUUUCUGGAAUUUAUUCUUAGCACCCGGAUUAAAAUUUGAAUUUUGACCAUGGCUGCAGAGUCUGAUGUUCUGCACUUCCAGUUUGAACAGCAAGGAGAUGCAGUCUUGCAGAAAAUGAAUCUCUUGAGACAGCAGAAUUUAUUUUGUGAUGUAUCCAUUUAUAUCAAUGACACCGAGUUCCAAGGGCACAAGGUGAUACUAGCUGCUUGCUCCACUUUCAUGAGAGAUCAGUUUUUACUCACACAAUCAAAACAUGUCAGAAUUACCAUCUUGCAGAGUGCAGAAGUUGGCAGGAAAUUGUUGCUCUCUUGCUAUACUGGAGCGCUUGAAGUGAAAAGGAAAGAGCUUUUGAAAUACUUGACUGCUGCUAGUUACCUUCAGAUGGUUCACAUUGUGGAAAAGUGUACAGAAGCUUUGUCAGGAUACCUGGAGAUUGACCUUUCUAUGAAAAACAACAACCAACACACCGACCUGUGUCAGUCCUCUAACCCAGAUGUUAAAAAUGAGGAGGAAAAUACAGAUAAAGACUGUGAGAUCAUUGAAAUUUCAGAAGAUAGUCCUGUCAACAUAGAUUUCCACGUUAAAGAAGAGGAAAGCAAUGUUUUGCCAUCUACAGUAGAGAGCUUGACAUCAGAGAGACAGGAAAUGAAGUCACCAGAGCUCUCGUCAGUUGAUCUAGGUUUUAAAGACAAUGAAAUUUGUAUCCUCCGUGUGGAAUCUAUAAAUUCCGAUGGUGUAGAGAAUGAGCAGUUUUCACAGCCUUGUACUUCUUCAAAAGCAAGCAUGUAUUUCUCGGAAACACAGCAUUCACUGAUCAAUUCUACCGUUGAGAGCAGAGUGGCAGAAGUUCCUGGGAAUCAAGAUCAGGGCUCAUUUUGUGGGACUAUUGAAGGAAGUCAUGGAACAGCCAGUGAGAUUCAGAACCUGGAAGAUGUUUAUUCAUUGAGGCACCAGUGCCCCAGGUGUCCACGAGGAUUUCUUCAUGUUGAAAACUAUCUGCGCCACCUUAAGAUGCAUAAACUGUUCUUAUGCUUACAGUGUGGGAAAACCUUUACACAGAAGAAAAAUCUCAACCGGCACAUUCGAGGGCACAUGGGCAUACGGCCCUUCCAGUGUUCUGUGUGCUUGAAGACAUUUACUGCUAAAAGCACGUUGCAGGACCACUUGAACAUACAUAGUGGGGAUCGGCCAUACAAAUGCCAGUGUUGUGACAUGGAUUUCAAGCACAAAUCUGCCCUCAAAAAGCAUGUCACCUCUGUGCAUGGCCGGAACAGUGGUGAAAAAAUACCUAUCCGUGAUCUCCACCAACAAAAUCUGUUAUAAGUAGAAUUAAACCUUGCUAUGGAAGCUAUGUUAGGCAAGUCUUUCUUUAGAAAUGUAGCAUUUGUGAUAUGGUUUUCCUCUUCAUCUUUGGGUCUUAUUUGUGGUCUGCCUACCCAUUAUUCUUUCUGAAACUUACACUAAGAGUCCCAAAGUGUGGGAGACAUGAGAAAGCUGAUGGAAUGCCAUCUCACAUCUUGUGUUAUAGAAGUCCCAAUUGUAUACCUAGAGAUAGAUUAUUCUUCUCUUACAUAAUUAUUGAUUCUAAUAACAGUGGAUCCAGCAGAAUUUCCAUAUUCAGAUUUUGAAUAUCUAUGUAGUUGAUGGAAGUGUAAAAAAUAAUCUGGCCAUGUAAUAACUAAUGAAUUAAGAUAAUGGAAAGAUAAAUUUCAAAAUACCCUAUGAUCCAUUAUUAGUCACUUUAAAAUCAGAUAGGACUAGUAAAUUUUUUAACCUACUGCUUUUGGAUUGCAAACUAAACACAAAGGUACCUAUUGUUAUAAAAUGUAAAAGAACACAAUUCAUAUUCACUUGGGAAUAGCAGAAUUUCCUUAUACAUUUCUUAAAAUAUUAUUUUUAUGGUUUGUUAGUAUACAUAUUUUAUAAAUUAUUCAAUAGGCCCAAGUGUCUUGAUUUUAUUUAAUGCAGUGGCAUCUAAUAAUUUUGUGGCCAGUAAAAUACCAUUGGCUUGAAGCUCUAAAAAAUUACUUUUAGAAAUCCCAGCUUUUUGUGUGCAUUUGUUUCACUUUUGUUGUUGUUAUUAAAUACAUUUUUAUUGACUUCAGAGAGGAAUGGAGAGGGAGAGCAAGAUAAAAACACCAAUGAUGAG